AGGAGGAGGAGGAGGAAGCUUCGCUGUGUGAUUCAGCACCAUCGCUCCCCUCCACCGCUCGCUUCUUAUUCUUUCCUCUCGGUUCAUGUCCAUCCCUCCAUUUUUACCGCAUCGUCGUGCUUCUUCCUCCAUGUAGCUGCUCGGGAUGUUGUAAAUCACACCGAGGUGCAGAGAGACACACACGGAGAGGACCGGGACCGGGAUCAGCAAGCGCGGAAUGGUCUUUAUGAACAGACAUUUCUUGUACAACUGCAGCGCGCCCAUCCUGGAUGUGAAGAUUGCUUUUUGUCAGGUGUGUGUUCCAUACAGGUAAAAUAAAAGGGGUUUGGUAAACAAGUUGAUGUUUCUUACGUCGCCAAGCAUUACAACAUGAGCAAAAGCAAAGUGGACAACCAGUUCUACAGCGUGGAGGUCGGGGACUCCACCUUCACUGUUCUGAAACGCUACCAGAACCUCAAACCCAUCGGUUCUGGCGCUCAGGGAAUAGUGUGCGCGGGAUACGAUGCCGUUCUGGACAGAAACGUGGCCAUCAAGAAGCUCAGCAGGCCUUUCCAGAACCAGACCCACGCCAAGCGAGCCUACAGGGAGCUGGUGCUCAUGAAGUGCGUCAAUCACAAAAACAUCAUCAGCUUAUUAAACGUCUUCACGCCACAGAAAUCUUUAGAGGAGUUUCAAGACGUGUACCUGGUGAUGGAGCUGAUGGAUGCCAACCUGUGCCAGGUGAUUCAGAUGGAGCUGGACCAUGAGAGGAUGUCCUACCUGCUGUACCAGAUGCUCUGUGGCAUCAAGCACUUGCACUCCGCCGGCAUCAUCCACAGGGACCUGAAACCGAGCAAUAUCGUGGUGAAGUCCGACUGCACGCUGAAGAUCCUGGACUUCGGACUGGCGCGGACCGCCGGUACCAGCUUCAUGAUGACUCCGUAUGUGGUGACGCGGUACUACAGAGCCCCCGAGGUCAUCCUGGGCAUGGGAUACAAGGAAAACGUGGAUAUUUGGUCGGUCGGUUGCAUUAUGGGUGAAAUGGUUCGCCACAAGAUCCUGUUCCCGGGUCGAGACUAUAUCGAUCAGUGGAACAAGGUGAUCGAGCAGCUGGGCACACCAUCGCCCGAGUUCAUGAAGAAGCUCCAGCCCACCGUGAGGAACUACGUGGAGAACCGGCCCAAAUACGCCGGCCUGACCUUUCCCAAACUGUUCCCCGACUGCCUUUUCCCCGCAGACUCCGAGCACAACAAGCUGAAAGGUACGAGACAACAUCGGCCGAGUCAGGCCAGAGAUCUGCUCUCUAAGAUGCUGAUCAUUGAUCCAGCUAAGCGAAUAUCAGUGGACGAGGCCCUCCAGCACCCCUACAUCAACGUGUGGUACGAUCCGUCUGAAGUCGAGGCGCCUCCUCCUCAGAUCUACGAUAAGCAGCUGGAUGAAAGAGAACACUCCAUCGAUGAGUGGAAAGAGCUGAUUUAUAAAGAGGUGAUGAACUUUGAGGAGAGGACGAAGAACGGUGUGGUGAAGGGACAGCCUUCUCCUUCAGGUGCAGCCGUGAACAGCAGCGAGAGCCUCCCUCCGUCCUCCUCCGUCAACGACAUCUCGUCCAUGAGCACCGACCAGACUCUGGCCUCCGACACGGACAGCAGCCUGGAGACCUCGGCCGGGCCGCUCGGCUGCUGCAGGUGACUAACCGCCUGCCUGCGCAACCCCGCCUUCUUCAGGAGGUGAUCGCAAACCGUCUUAAAAGAUCCCCGAGUACAAAUAAUAAAUAAAUAAAUAAUAAAUAACGAGCCGCGACUCUGCAAAAAAUAUUACAGUGAAAAAAAAGAGAAUUCCUCAGAUCUGAAGUAUGUUUACGUUAUUUAGGAGUUAUGGUACGAUUAUAAGCCUGCGUUAUCGUUCAAAAAGGGGGGAAUGAUGCUAUGUAUAUUUACAAAACCCAAUCUAGUUGCUUUGCUUUAUGCACCAUUCAGAAGGCAUCUGGAAAUUCUCUCUCUCUCUAUAUAUAUAUAUAUAUAAAUAAAUAAAACAAUAAUAAUAAUGCAUUUUGACUGGACGAUACAAUCCCCCCAGCUUCUGUGCUCCUCUCCAGAUGUGGCAAGGUGGGCACUGUCUUAUAAAUAUGCACAUUAUAUUUAUUGCUGAACGUGACCAGAACAGGGCGCAUAUUUGUACAUACGUAAUUCCGUAACCCUGUACAGACGCGUGGCGCUCUUAAACGGGACUGUCGGCCAGUAUCGGGAUCGCGCACCCUGCGCACCUUGCCACAUCGACUCCGCUUCGACCUUGAGUUGCCCUUGCCUGUAGUCCUGCAUGAGCAGAUAAACCAACGCCUGGCUCGAAUAUAACCCAGCGUAGACGUAUAGACGACCUUUGUACUCCUGUGUAAGAAAAAUCCACAUUUCUGGAAGCUGCGAGGGUCAGUGCGGGUGAAUGGCGAGGAUGAAGCUCCGUCACACUCCUACAAACACGUUACGUUCGAUAUUUUUCACAUUUUCUGUCGUGUUUCUCGGAUGCUGUACACCCAAACCCUGUCUGCUCAGGAUCAGUCAGUCAUUGACUGUUUUACCACCGCUUUAUCCUGGUCAGGGUCACGGUGGGUCUGAUUCAUUGGGCAGAAGGGAGGAAACACCCAUCACAGGACACACUAGUAGCUCCAGUAUGUUUGGACAGUAGGAAAAAACCCAUACUGACACAAAAAAGGGAAUUGAACCCAGGUCCUUCCCGCUGUGAAGUGGCAGCGCUACCGACCGUGCCACCCUUGGACUUAAUCCAUUAUGGAAAAUAUUAUUUACAUCAAUAUUUCAGACAGCAAAUCCCAUUUGUGAUUAUAUUAAUAAGAAUAUUUUCCCCAAAGUGACAGAAAAAGCAGCAGGGGGUGCCAGAUCACAGGGGAAUUGGAUAUGUUUACACAGUUCUUACACAAUGAACAGCAGGGUUUGGGUGUACACUCAUCGUCUCGCCUGAUUGGCUUCUUCAUACGCCAUUCCUUCUCUGAUUGGUCAGCUUCAUCACCCCUGAACCGGCGUCUCACCCUGUGUUCACACCAGCAACCGUGCGAUGCGACAAAGCAGCAUUAAACCGUCACGUUUCACCCAGAGUCGCCAGUUUAAAGCUUUAAGUUCCGGAAACAUGACGACUGGGUGAAGUGGUCGGGGCCGUUUUGAUGCCGGAUGCCCUUCCUGGCUCAACCCCUUCUACUGAUCCGGGCUUGGGACCUGCACUUAGGGUGCACUGUUGUGUCCACGCAAUAGCUAGGUUCACGUACCACCAUGCAUGCCACCUUCUGUAUUUGUGAGCCCAGCCUGGGAUUCGAACCCACGGAACUCAUGCACUGCUCUUAGUGCUACACUUAACCUCAGCGGUGCUAUCGGCCAAUCAGGUGAUUGGGAGGUGCGCUUGUCAGUGCGCUCUCAGUGCCGGUCCCAAACCCGGAUCAAACGUCAGAAAGGGCAUCCGGAAAAAAACCCCUCACAUCCUGUCCUAACUUUUUUUGGAAUGGAGGUUUGUUUGACAGAUGUGAAGGCAGCUGUUUUACACGUUGGAUGUCAGUAAUAAAUAAGCAGUAAAAUUCAGUCAGGUUGACCACAAGCAACCCGUGUGGAGUGGACUGAUGUGUUGGGGCUGAAUAGUUAAAGCUCUGGAUUAUUGACCAGCCCCAGAUGGCCACAGUUGGACCCCUGAGCAAGGCCCUUAAAUCCCUAAUUGCUUGCACUGUAUUGGGUAAAUGUGAGACUGGUGUGGACGCAGGGUUAGCGGCGUGUCAGCAGAAUUACCUCGAUCAUUCAGCAUCACCUCCGAUCAUUUUUGGCCCCCAUAACAAGUUUUAUUUAGAAAAGAAAUCCAGAUUUACUACCUAGAGCGGCUUCUCAUUAACCGGGCGUCUGAGAUGGAGCCUGAAUUCAGGCAGUGCCUUUGAAAUAAUGCAGUUUAUUUUUUCUCUUCGUCAUAAAUAACUCAACAGAAAUCAAAGUUGAGGUGGGCGUGGUUGCACAGGCGGCGGCGACGGCGGCGGCCGAGUCAUAAUUUCAUCACUUCAGGUUGUAGUACGUUGACGGUGCCUGGUUUGACGGGUCAUAAUCCCUGUAUUAGUAUGUACAUAAUCACUGGAUUAAAAAAAAUAAUAAUAAAAAUACAACCCUUACCUUUCAAAUAAAGAAAAAAGAACAAACAUUACGUAUAAAUGUGGCAUUUUUAAACGAUGUAAAUGAAAGCGCAGACCUUAACCACACGCCUGGGUUUUUUUUUCCAGUUCUAGACUAACGAUAAGCCUUAUUCAGUACGUUACACAGUAUAAAUGAAUUCUAUAAUAUUUACGUUGGAUGGUUUGUUUUGUAUCUGUACUUGUCCUAUUUAAUCUGUCUACUAAUUCAUUUCAAUAAAGGAAUGAAAUACCAUUUAUUUUCUUUCAUUAAUACCAAAUAUUAAUCACAUAACGGCCGAACAUUCUUAUGAUUUUGUUUAAUCGUGUGGGAUAUUCCGCUUGCGCACCAGCGCUGGGGUUCUGAACUCCCCGAGUCGAAUUCUCAGAUGUACAGUACAAAAAAUAAGUACAUUAAUUAAUAAUAUAAUAAAAAUCUGAAAAAAUUGUUCAUUUAAUAAUCAAUGUAUGUAAUAUGUAAGCAUCAGAUUUCAGUAAUUAAAACAAUAUCAUUUUGUUAAAUGAUCAAUUUCAUCGGCCCUUACAUCGAACCUAGAGGUGUACCUACAAAAAAAGAGAUGUAUAGAACAAAAAAUAAAUACAUUAAUUAAUAAUAUAAUAAAAAUCCCAAAUAAUUGUUUAUUUAAGUCAAUGUAUUUAAGGAUCAGAUUUCAAUAUUAAAAUCUGUAUCGUUUUGUUAAACGAUCCAUUUUAUCGGCCUUCACAUCGAACCUAGAGGUGUACCUACAGUGAUUAUUCCAUCCAUUAAAAUAAAUCUCUUGCUUUCUUUCUUAAAUAUUAUACUAAUUCAUUUGCUCACGCAAUCUUCAUCAAAACAGAUUCUUAAAUAAAAAGUAUCAGGUGCAAAUGGUUUAAAUGGUUUUAAUCUCGUGUUUGAAUUAAACUGCUGAAAGGAAACGCACAACCAUGUGAGAAUCAUUGCACUGUGAGGGGGUUCGGAGGGGUCGGCAGGCUUUCGAUUGAUAUAAUGCUUCUACAACAGGGUGCACACACACACACACACACACACACACACACACACACACACACACACACACACACACACACACGUCUAGUAUGGUUUGUAUUUCAAUUGUAACUAGCUGUAAACUGUUCUGUUGUGUAUUCGAUUUGAUUCAUUAGAUUAGAAGCGGAAUAUAUUUUCCAACAGACGUGACUCACGGGGUCAGAAACAGGGUUGAUCUUGGGAAUUUUCCCCAAAUCUUCCAAAUGGUGCCACAACACUAUGAUUCUGUACUGACAAUAACAAUCUACAGCUACACUCUUCAUGUGUAGCUCACUGUAAUAUCUGAUACUGUUUAAUGCUGGGAAAGCUGGAAUAAUAUAUGAACUUGUUUUUUCUUUUAACAAACCCAACUUCAGCUUGAUCCUGUCAUAGCUGUGUAUGUUUCCUGGGAAUUUGUAGAAUGUUCUCUUCCAUUCAUACUAGAUUACUUGGCUUGUCACCUGCCAACAUUUGAAUGUUUGUGUAUAUUGGAAAAUGUUUGGUCGCUGUGCCCUGGGUGUUAGUAUAAUCCAAUACUCAGGAUAUAUAAUUUUAAUAAAGGCAUGAAAUGCA